AUGAGUGAUAUCAACUCUUUAUUAUCAGGAGACAUGGAAACUGAUAAUCCAAAUCUAGCCCGUCCAUGUAUGUACCAAUUUAGGAAAUGGUCAUCCAUCUUUUUCGGAGCUUUCUCUUAUAUUUUCGUUUACUUCCAUCGUUUCUCAACAGCAGUUCUUGCUGAUGAGAUGGCGAAAGACUUUAAUGUUCCAAAAGACAAAAUUGGUAUAUUAGCUUCAAUGUAUUUUUGGCCAUACGGUUUAAUUCAGCCAUUCAUCGGAUCUCUCGCAGAUAUUGUAGAACCUGGUUAUAUGAUCGGCUGUGCUAAUCUUAUUUCUGCAAUUGGUACUUUAAUUUGCUCAUUUUCACCAAAUCUUACAGUUUGCUGUGUAGGAAGAUUAUUAGUAGGUUUAGGAUGCAGCUCUAUCUUUGUUCCAACAAAUAAAAUCGGCGCGAACUGGUUUUCUUCACGAGAAUUUCGAUUCUUCUCUGGUUGCAUGAUCGGAGUUGGCGGUGUUGGCUCUUUACUAUCACAAUAUCCAUUAUCAUUACUCGGACAUGCCAUUGGUUGGCGCACAUGCUUACGUGGCACUGCGAUUUUAGGAUUUAUCCUUUCGAUCAUUGCUUUUCUACUUGUUAGAGGCCAUCCAGCCAAGUUUGGAUUCCGUGGUCAUACACCCUUAAUGCCAACACCUGGCUUUACCACCAUCUUUGUACAACUUUUCCAAAACAUUGGAAAAAUGAUUAAAAUCGGCAACUUCUGGCUCCUUGCUCUCUACAUGUUCUUUGCACCUGGAGUCUUUAUGGUCGUUUCCUCCCUUUGGGGCGUUCCAUAUCUCGAAAAUAUCAUUCAUUUAUCACAUAAUUCUGCAAGUUUCCUCCAAAUGUCAAUUUCUUGCUCUCUUAUCAUUGGAUCUCCAACAAUCCCAAUCAUAGCAGAGUUUACCGGCAGCAGAAAGUGGACGCUUUUCGGUGUUUGCGGAAUGGCGGCCGCAUGCUGCACUUACUUAGCCCUUUACGGACAAAAUUCACCGGUUUGGGCUAUAGCUCUCCUUUACUUCCUCAGUGGCUACGGCGCAAGUGCAAACCAAGGCUGUGCACUCGCAUUGUUCAAAGAAUUUGCAGAUGACAGUCUGGCUGCAACACUUGUGGGUGGUGGAAAUACUCCUCCAUUCAUUGGUGGUGCAAUUCUCCAGAUUCUCAGCUCUGCAAUCAUCGGAACAUUCGACCACACGCAGACAAACUAUCCUGUUGAAGCUUAUGCACUCGGAUUAUGGGGGCUUUCAGCUAUCUGCUGUUUCCUCGCUAUGUUCUUCGUUCUCUUCUUGAGAGAGCCGAAAAUUCAAAAGUAA